GUCAUAACGCGUGUCCUGCCUACGUGUCUGGCAUGUACGCGCUCUCCGGCUUGCGACGGCCGACGUGUCCUCGGGACUGUGCUGUAGCCGCAGCCUAUAUAAAUCCCGCCUGCUCUAUGCCAUGCCAGAUCAAACGAAGCCAAGUCGAGCAAUAGACAAACUCAUCUUGUUUUCAGAUUCAAAUCCACUAUUCUCAAUUCUUGUUCGCGAGUGAUUUUUGCGUCUUCGAGCUAAGCAGUUUGUUUGAGCAACCCCAGUACGCAAGAUGGCAUCCAACCAGGAGCAGGCGAGCUACCGCGUCGGCGAGGCCAAGGGCCACACCCAGGAGAAAACGGGGCAGGUGAUGGGUGCGGCAAAGGACAAGGCGUGCGAGGCCAAGGACCGGGCGGCGGGCCUGACGGGGAACGGGUCCGGCCAGGGGCAGGGCGCCACGGACGCCGCCAGGCAGAAGGCCGGCGAGGCCAGGGACAAGACGUCUGAGACGGCGCAGGCUGCGAAGGACAAGGCGGCUGGGACGGCGCAGGCCGCCAAGGACAAGACCGUCGAAAGCAAGGACAACACCGGCAGCUUCCUCGGCGAGAAGACGGAGGCGGCCAAGCAGAAGGCGUCCGAAACGGCGCAGUACGCGCAGGAGAGGUCCUCCGACGCGGCACAGUACGCCAAGGAGUCAGCCGUCGCCGGCAAGGAUAAGACCGGCGGCAUGCUCCAGCAGGCCACGGAGACGGUGAAGGGCGCGGUGGUCGGCGCCAAGGACGCGGUGGUGAACACGCUGGGCAUGGGCGGCAACAACACCACCAACACCGGCAAGGACAACAGCACCGUCACUGAGAAGAUCACGGGCAGGGAUCACUAGAUGUGAUCGUUCGCGCAUACUACUUUGCUUUCCUUUUCAUGGGGUUUUUACCUGUGUUUUAUCUUUCCACUUUGAUGAUUUCUGAACACCACACUCAUUUAGUUUGUAAGUUAUGCUUUUGAUGUGCCCGUUUCGAGGUCUGUAAUGAGUACUGUGAAUGGGCAGCGAGGACACUCAAAAGGUGGAAAUAAAAGUUGAUUGUGUUUAACCUCUUA